AGCCCGUCUGGCCAUGUCACCGAGGCAGAGAUUGUGCCUAUGGGGAAGAACUCCCACUGCGUCCGAUUUGUACCCCAGGAGAUGGGCGUUCACACGGUCAGUGUAAAGUACCGUGGGCAGCACGUAACAGGCAGCCCCUUCCAGUUCACUGUGGGGCCACUCGGUGAAGGGGGCGCCCACAAGGUCCGGGCAGGAGGCCCUGGCCUGGAGAGAGGAGAAGCAGGGAUCCCAGCCGAGUUCAGCAUCUGGACCUGGGAAGCAGGUGCUGGAGGCCUCUCCAUUGCUGUUGAGGGCCCUAGUAAGGCCGAGAUUACAUUUGAUGACCAUAAAAAUGGGUCAUGCGGUGUGCCUUAUAUUGCCCAAGAGCCUGGUAUGUACUCAAGGGUUAACUAAGGAUGUUUUCCUUGUUUGGAGAUGUCCAUGCCUGUCAUCACUCCCUGUGACGACGCUCACCGCCUCACUGUUAUGAGUCUUCAGGAAUCAGGAUUAAAGGUUAAUCAGCCAGCAUCCUUUGCUAUAAGGUUGAAUGGUGCGAAAGGAAAGAUUGAUGCAAAGGUGCAUAGCCCCUCGGGAGCCGUGGAAGAAUGCCACGUGUCUGAGCUAGAGCCAGAUAAGUAUGCUGUCCGCUUCAUCCCCCACGAGAACGGCAUCCACACAAUCGAUGUCAAGUUCAAUGGGAGCCAUGUGGUCGGGAGCCCUUUCAAAGUUCGAGUUGGGGAGCCUGGCCAGGCAGGAAAUCCUGCCCUGGUGUCUGCCUACGGUGCAGGGCUUGAAGGGGGCACCACAGGUAUCCAGUCUGAAUUCUUCAUCAAUACCACCCGAGCAGGCCCAGGGACAUUAUCCGUCACCAUUGAAGGCCCUUCCAAGGUCAAAAUGGAUUGCCAGGAAACCCCAGAAGGGUACAAAGUCAUGUACACACCUAUGGCCCCUGGAAACUACUUGAUCGGUGUCAAAUAUGGUGGGCCCAACCACAUUGUGGGCAGUCCAUUCAAGGCCAAGGUGACAGGCCAGCGUCUGGUUGGUCCAGGCUCAGCCAAUGAGACCUCAUCUAUCCUGGUGGAGUCAGUGACCAGGUCUUCAACAGAGACCUGCUAUAGCGCCAUCCCUAAGUCGUCCUCAGAUGCCAGCAAGGUGACCUCCAAGGGAGCAGGGCUCUCCAAGGCCUUUGUGGGCCAGAAGAGUUCCUUCCUGGUGGACUGCAGCAAAGCCGGGUCCAACAUGCUGCUGAUCGGGGUCCAUGGGCCCACCACCCCCUGUGAAGAGGUCUCCAUGAAACAUGUGGGCAGCCAACAGUACAACGUCACAUAUGUCGUCAAAGAAAGGGGGGAUUAUGUUCUGGCUGUGAAGUGGGGGGAAGAGCACAUCCCUGGGAGCCCCUUUCAUGUCACGGUGCCUUAAAACAGCUUACAUCCAAUCCUUGGAGGAAUUCUUCCGGUUGCUUUUGUUGCUUGUUUGUAAUUCAUUUUAUACAAUGUCCUCAGCCCAUCAGUGGGCCCCAAACCCCAUCCCCAAACCUUGCCAUUCAAAGUGCCUUUAGAAGUCCUAGACAUGACUUUUGAGGGACAUGUGGGAAAUCCUAAGAAAUGCAAACUAGACUAAGAAGGUGCGGGGUAUUCUGCCCAAAUCAAGACUCUUGAAUGCCCAGGUCACUACAGACCAAGACAUGGGCAAGACUGACACUUCUGGAAGAUGAACCAGCUCUCCUAAGCUACUGAUCCACUCUUGAGCAUUAAUGGACUGGGAGAGGGGACUUGGUUUAGGUUGUCAUUAGCAAAGAAGAUGGCUUGAACCCCAUCUCACCCUUUCCAGGGCCCAGGCUCUGUCAGCAGAGGCUGCUAAGUGCCUGCCAUCGUUCAGACACUACUUCCCAACCUCUUGUGCACUAUGGCCUUCCAGCAGUUCCUCAAGGGCAGAAAGCACUGUGGCAAAUGACUUUCCAGCGCCCCUGGCUGGCUUCUAGUGACUAUUUCCUUGCAGUUGGUAUGACCACCUUGGCAUCCGUGGGUCUGCUUUGAUUUUCCAAGUCUAUUUUAGUUACUUGGUUGAAGAAUUCCUACAGUCAUAAGCAGCACCUCAUUUGCCAAAGAUCCUUGCAACCAAUACACUAACCCUUUUGUGUGUGUGUGUGUGUGUGUGAUUUGUUUUGUUUUGUUUCAGUUUUGUUUUGUUUUUUUUGAGGCAAGGUCUCCCUGUAGCCCCAAGUGGGCUGGAACAAGCUAUGCAGACCAGACUGACCUUGAACUCAUAGAGAUUUUCCUGCCUCUGCUUCCUGAGUGCUGGGAUUAAAGGCAUGUGCCACCACACCCAACUCUAGCCCUUGUUAACAUGUGCGCCACCCUUUUGCCAGGCUGGCAAUUCUGACCAAAGCCUUUAAAGAAACCUCAGGCAUGUCCAUAUGCUAACUCCUUGGCUGUUACAGCCCCUCAUGGAUCAUAUAACUGUAGACAUGAAAGAAUGAAACCCCUGCCAACUUGCCUGCAAGUCUGGCAUUACUGCGAGGCCACAAUAGGUCAGCAGUGGUCUCUGCCAUUGAGCAGAAGCAAUGGAUUCUAGGGAGCCGACAGUGGCCUUGCAUUUUGCUAUGAUCACAUGUCAUCUGAGGCUGUUUGGAAAGCAGUAGGCAGGUACAGAAUUCCAAAGAUGUAGAAUGUUCUGUGUGCCUCCUGCAGACCUGAGCUGGCUUUGAGAUGAAGUCAAAGCAAUCAGGGCCAUUGCCCAUGGCAGAGCACAGAAAUGGAGUAAGGUCUGGACUGGCAGACUUUCUGAUUUGCUGCCCAGUCUUGAAGUGGCUGCUGUCAUCGUGUGUGUGGCAGGGGUGAAGAGAAUACCCCACACCAAGGCAUGGCAGCUGGGGAGAGGCGUGGGUGGUAAAAAGCCACUUGUUAGGAACCUGGGCAGCCGAAAACCGGAUAUGAAAGGACCACAGGCAUGAGUGGACAUGGAGGCCAAACUGGAAUCGAAUGCCAACUGGAAAGUGUAUCUUAUAACUUAUUAAAUAAAAUGUUUGCUCCAUAAA